AUGAAUCACGAUCGUCUUCUUCUACCCAGAACCAGCAGCUGCAAGAGCACCACCGCAAUAAUCCCAUCAAAUUACAUCUCUUCCACCUCCUUCAUUGUUGAUCCGCCCUUCGUCAACGACGACAAACCCCUUGUGAUCGAAACAAGGUCUUCCGUAGGCUACGGAGGCUGUUUACCAAGAUUCGGUAUCUCCAUAUUUCUCCGGUCGAUUCUCAACAUUGUAUCAAUCCCUUCAAUCCUUCCCUCUUGCCGGUGGCUUAACUUACCGACCCAACUCUCACUAACGCCGUCGCCAGGACGGAAAGUCACCGGCACAUUAUUUGGAAACCGGAGAGGACACGUCAGCUUUGCGGUGCAGUAUGAUAUGAGAUCGGAACCGAUAUUUGUGGUGGAGCUGGCGGUGUCAACGGCAGCUCUUGUGAGGGAAAUGUCGUCUGGGUUAGUUAGGAUCGCGCUAGAGUGCGAGAAAAAGAAUAAACGAUCGACGGCGGCGCGUGGAGGAGGUGGGAACGCGAAGCUUUUUCACGAGCCGACGUGGAGCAUGUAUUGUAACGGGAGGAAGUGCGGGUACGCGCAGUCGCGGGCGUGCUCGAAGUCCGACUGGUUUGUUCUGAGUACGGUGCAAAGCAUUUCGGUGGGUGCCGGUGUUAUUCCGGUGGUGGAGGACGGUGGCAAAAAAAACAGCGAAGGGGAGCUACUGUACAUGAGAGCGAGAUUUGAGCGAGUUGUGGGGAGUCGUGACUCGGAAGCAUUUUAUAUGAUGAACCCGGACGGCAGUGGAGGGCCUGAACUCAGUAUCUUUCUACUCAGAAUAUAA